AUGAUAACAAUUGUAAAUAAAACAAAUAGAUUAAAUCAAUAUUCUAUAUCUUCUUUAUUUGUAGCGAAUUAUUCAAGUGUAACAUUUUAUUUAUAUUUUUCUACUACACUUCAAAAACAGAGAUCGAAUGUAAAGAUUCAUGUUCCUCGUGAAAAGAUUGAUUUUCAAUUCUCAAGAUCAAGUGGUGCAGGAGGUCAAAAUGUAAAUAAAGUAAAUACAAAAGUAGAAGCAAGAUUCAAUCUUGACAAUGCCGAUUGGCUAAGUGAACAUUGCAGAGAUACACUAAGAAUGCAGUAUGCUAAGAACAUAACAAGUGACGGUGAAUUCGUGAUCAACUCAUCGAAGCAUCGUGAGCAGAAACUUAAUGUCAGUGAUGUAAUAGAGAAACUAGAAAAGAUAGUAACAAAAGCAUCGAUCAUCCCCAAAGAGAGAUUGCCCACCGAUGUUCCUACUUACGCCGAAGAGAAACGUAAAAAGGAUAAAAUGAAUUUAAUGGAAUUUAAUUGCCUUAUUAGUACUUUAAAUUUGUUUAAUCUUGAGAUGAAAAGUGCCAAUAGCAAUUAUAAUUAUUACAAUGGAAAUUCAGUUUUUAACGAUCAACAACAACAACAACCAAUAAUUUAUAAUUUUUCAAAUGAACCUCAACAACAACUUUUUCAAUUCAAUUUUCAACAACCACAGCAACAACAACAACAAGAUUUUUUCCAACUUCCAGAGCAGUCAAAUGAGUUUUUAAUUUCCAAUGAAUAUGCUUCCGCAGUUUCCACAGGUAGUUAUUUAUACGAUUUUCAACAAAACAACGAACUUGACAGAAUGUUAGUCGAUAACAAUAGUUUACAACAACAACAACAACCUUUAAAAUCAAUAUCAACAAACACAAAUAAUAUCAAUAGUUUCCAAGACACAAUCUCCACCAUUCCAAUUUACAAUAUCGAUACCAACUGUAGUUCAGCCGACCAAAUGAUUGUCAUUCCCACCGAUAUUAAUUUCUAUGUCUACAAAGUUCUGUCAUGGCUAAUCAACUAUGACAGUAACUACAUCAUCAAUUAUUACAACCUCCAAUCGAUGGAGCUCAUCAAAUACUCCCUCGAAUGUGCAAAGAACGUAUUGGUAGCACACGAAACACCAAUGUCAUUUUUCCCUCUGGUUCUCUACUAUGCCGACAAAUUUGUAAAUCGAUGUGGAAUCAACCACAAACAAAUUUUCAACCUUUUGCUCAUAAGCUCUGUUAUGUGUGUAAAGUUUUGGGGUGAAACAGUUCGUGUUGAUUAUCAAGUACUUGGUAAAUUCUUUAAUUUCACUGGCAAAGACUUUUGCUAUAUGGAGAAAUUAUUUUUGAAUGGAAUCAACUUUGAACUCUAUGUACAUAACAACUUGAUCAAGGAAUUCUUGGAGCAAUUGGAAAAAGAAAAGGAAAGUUUCGAGUCAAAAUGCGACUUUUUUCACUGUGAGCAUAUCACUGAUAUAAAAGAAUCAUUAGAUAGUAAUAAAAUACUAAAGUUUAGUGACGAUCAAGAAGAUGAAAGUGUUAGUUCAGUAUAUAGCAACAGAAUAGAAGAGCUAUGGGAAACAAUAAAACUGUCCACUGAUAGAUAUCGUUCUUUGUUUGAAAAGGAAGAGACUAUUUCCGAUCAUUUCCGUAAGCUACACGAAUAUCUUACUUUGGAGGAGUAUAAACUAAAGAAGCCGAUUGUAGAGGACAAAGAUAGAAUUAAACAACAUUUCGACACCAGUUUAGAUCUAUUAAGAAAAUUAAUUGGUAUUAUAAAUUUAAAUAGUAAUAAUAUUAGUAAAAUUAGUGAAAGUAGUGAAGGUAGUAAUAGUUAUGGUGAUAGUAUAGAGCCAGAUACACAAGAUAGAUAUUCAUUUAAAUCAGCUUUGGAAUCGGUUGAAAAAAGUAAAUCAUUAUUAGAAUUCGUUGAAGAUAAUAAGAAAACACUGUUCUACUUUCACAAUGAAAUAUUAACCAAGAUGAUGGAGCACUACGAUAAUGAUUACAAUGUAAUGCUAUUGGAUUUACUUUACAAAUUCAAUCGAAAGUUUUCAUUGAUGACAAAACCGGAUAUCAUGUCCAACCUUUUAAAGUCAGUCAAAAAUUACCGUUUAACAGUGAGCGAUUUCGAUUUUGAUAAACUCAAUGAAAUCAUUCAAUUGUCGAUUCAGCUGGAUUUGGAUUGUAGACAUCAAGCCUACAUCUUCUCGUUGCAUUACUCAAGACUGAAAUCUGAUGGCAUGCUUAUUGGCACCGAUAAUAACUCGGUCGAACAACUCUCAAUGAAACAUCUACCAAAUACUUUCAACUCUGUUGUGUCGGUCGGUGAAUUCAUCUAUGUAUUUGGAGGAAAUGAUUCAGAGAGAACUUGUCAUAGGUUAUCCGUUAAAACGCGUGAGCUCAUCACCGAAGAGAUGACAGGAAUCAAAGGUGGAACUUAUAUAUCGGUUUGUUACGACGGUGAAGAUCAUAUCUAUUUGGUUUGCGGCUUUGAGAAUGAUAAACACAUUGACAGAGUCGAUCGAUACAAUAUCAGGACAAACAAGUUUGAGACACACGGUGAAAUACCAUUGUUUUCCUACCUUUUAGUGUCUUUUGUCUAUAACGGUAAACUCUAUAGCAUUCAACAGUAUAGUCGUGAGUUGGUUAUCUACGAUAUCGCCACCAAGAAAUCAGAAACUCACAGCUCAACUCAUCUGUUUAGUCACAGUAUGUCAGCUUGUACCGACGGUAAUGGUAAUGUCUACAUUCACUCUUCCGAGAAACAAUUCAUCCGAUUCAAUGUAACAACUAAACAAUCUGUGACUUUGAAAUCAACUGAUAUUGAAAGCCAUGGAGCGACUCUAUCAAUGCUCUAUCACCAUAAUAACAAUAACAAAAACAACUGCAACACUGAUAACAAUAACAACAACGAUUAUAUCUAUCUUAUGGGUGGUGUGAUUUUCAAGAAUCAUAGAUACUCUUUGAAAUAUGAUAACUGGGAGACAUUCUACAAUGAAGAUAAUCGAAUAAGAGGUGGUUAUGGCUCUGCGCUACUCUAUCCAAAUCAGAUUUGUCGUGUUCUAGAUGCUAUUUUCUGCAUACACAAGAGAAUCAAUCACAUACUCGCCACUGUGAGCAUAUCAUCGGUAUUAAAGAAUCAUUAG